AUGUCAUUCCAGUCCGACCCGGCCCCUUCAUCUUCCGCAGAUGUAGAGCUAUAUCCGGCGCAGCAGAGAACCGCCUACCCAUGUCGCCUCAAAGAUGUUAAAGAAAAAACACCUUGCCGUCUCCAAAGUCGUGCGGGGAGUCUUUACUUGCUGGCUCUAUCGAGUGGAUUUGGAACAUUUGGCAACCACAGACUACUCAUAGCAAGUGGCAUAGUUUGCCUUGUCAUGUCACUCUUAACCUUGGGUUGGGCACCGGAUUUAAUUCGUCUAGGAAGACGAGGCCCGGUGUUAGCUAAGGUUAUGGCAGUGGUUUCCGUGGUGGCACUAAAUAUAUCCGUUCAACCUGUUCAGCUUGGAUUGCGCACACUCAUCGUCAAGACUUGUCACCCAGAUCAACAAACCCUGGCUUCUGCGUGGGCGGCCCAGAUGACUGGUGGUGGAAAUAUCAUCGCACAAAUGGCGGGAUCAGUAGACUUGAGCCGGCUCAAGCCGCUUUUUACUGAGUCGCAGUUGAAGAACAUGUGCUUAAUAGCUUCUUUUGGGUUGAUGUUAACUCUGCUGACGUUGAUAUUUAUUAUCGAAGAGGACGAGUCCCCCAUCAGAGCUCAGAAGUGCACACAGCAGCAUAAAACUUCGCUUACCUCGCUUCAAGCCAUCUUGGCCGUUUGGAGAGGCAUUCCCCAAGAAGCAAGUCAGCUCACGGAGUUCACAGUUAAUCAGACACUAAUCCUAGAUUUCGCAGCGUUGAGCCAGCAUCGCAAUGACUCGGAGCAAUACGAUUCAGAGAUAACGAACGACAUGCGCAUCGAUUCAUUGAAAUUCGGCGCAGAAGCAAUGCUUUUGAAUGCUUGUGUGGCCUUUAGUGCGAGUCUGCUUCUACCAGCACUAUGGGGCUGCCACAACCGCUCAGGUCAAACACAUAACUCCUCCUAUCAGCCGACUCUCUCAAGGAUGUGGGUGGCCUCUCAGGUGCUAUUCGGUGUGUGUAUGAUCGCUUUGUUCUGGGCCGUCACCAUGAUAACGGCCAUGAUUCCCAUCGGGCUCCUAGGAAUAAGCUGGGCAUGUACCAGUUGGAUCCCAAGUGCGCUUGUGAGCACCAAGAUUUCUCAGGAUAUUAUGAGGGUCUCCGAUGAUCAGACGGGCAGGACUGAAGCCUUUGGACCAGGGUUAGUAAUGAGUCUGCACAAUGUCUCUAUCGCUGGCCCUCAGAUUCUAGCGGCUUUGAUCGCUAGUUUUAUCUUGUAUACUGUCCCUGAGCCUAGUGACCCACUUGCUUAUGUGCUGGGUGUUGGUGGUGUGUUUGGAUUGAUCGGGGCGUGGAUGGCUAGCAAGUUUGACACUAUCUAUUCAUGA